ACAUUUCUCAAGUCUAUGAUAAUAGCCAAAUCAUUCUGAUAUUAUUAUUUUUGUUGAGUUGAGCUACUCCCAUUGGCAGCUUGGGAUAAUUUCUCAGGAAUACAAAACGUAUCUAUGUACACGCACAUUUCAGAAACCGCAAUUGAAUUAAGGCUGCACAUGAGUUGUGUUUUUGUUGACAGUUGUUUUUGGUUUUGUUUCAUGUUAUGUUUUGUGUUCUUGUAGUUGGUGUCUUGUUGUGACACCUUUAGGUCUUUUUUUUUGUUGUUUCCACCCGUGCUUGUCAACCCGGUCCCUUGUGUCUUCUAAUCAGCUCCCUCAGCCACUCAUGACUUGUCCAGGUGUUCCUCAUUGUCUUGUGAGUUUGUUUGUAUUUAGUUCCCUGCCUGCAUGCAGUCUUUGUUGGAUCUUUUGCAUGUCUAUAUGCUGCCUCUCAGUUGUAACCCAUAUCAUGGUCUUAUACUGACGGUCUUAAAAUGGUUCUCGAGGAAUCCAGUGUUAAUUUUCGUGAGGCGCCGUCAUCCAUUUCCUUCUCCGGAUCCGGCUUUUUGGCCACCUACGAGUUGGGAGUUGCCCAGUGCUUUGUCAAUAAUGCGCCGUGGCUACUGCGCAAAGCACCGUCUAUUCUUGGCGCCUCAGCGGGGUCUUUGGUUGCUGCUGCUGUUGCCUGUGAAAUAGACCUGAUUACGAUGCGAAACGAGAUGCUCAACUUCGCUAGAGCGAUGAAGGCCUUCACACUUGGACCAUUCAACCCUUCUGUUGAUAUUCUACACUGGUUAAAAUACAUCUUGCACAAAUACCUUCCCUCUGAUGCCCAUCUCCUCGUAAACGGUCGUCUCGCUGUGGCUGUGACCCGCCUGGAUGAUGGCGAGUACACCGUAAUAACGGAGUACCGGUCCAAAGAUGAUGUCGUACAGGCUCUGCUUUGUAGCUGCUUUGUUCCAGGAUAUUGUGGCAUGCUGCCUCCCUCCCUCAAUGGAGUACACUAUAUGGAUGGAGGUUUCAGCCAGAUGCAGCCAGUUCUGGCGCUACCCUGCCGUACUUUAACAGUGUCUCCCUUUUCCGGAGAGACGGACAUCUGUCCGCGAGACAAGCCCUGCAUGUUGGACAUGGUGGUGACGGGAGUAACCUUGAAAGGCAACUUGGCCAACGGUCUAAGGUUCUGGAAUGCGCUCUACCCCCUAAAGCCAGAUACUGUGGAGCAAGCUUAUCACAGUGGCUACAAAGAUGCCUUUCAUUUUCUUCUGAGCAAUGAGCUUCUCCCAAACAUGACAAUGAUCACACUUCCUCAAGAACUAGAGAGCGCUCGCUGCCGUCGCACUAAAACUCCUAAAUUACCAGAGACUACUCCAGAGGAGAAGGAGAAGGAGAAGGAGAAGGAGGAGGAGGAUGAUGAUGAAAUGGGGACAACAGCGUCGUCUUUUUUCCAAGGCAACCAAAGCAUGCAGAUGAGCACUUCUGCCGAGCUUCAAUCUCCAGCUGCGGAACGACCCCUCUCAUUUGAUACAGCAAAGAAUGUUCUGAUGGGCAAUAUGACAAUGUAUGGGAGCAUGCUUGGCCCUUCCGGAUUCUUGACCGACUUGGUGCUACCGAUGGUACUGAUGUUGCAGACUCUGGUUGAGACCAAGGAAAUAUUCUGGUUGCUGUCCCAAAGGACUCCAGCGGUGGCGUUUUGGGCUUGGUGCAGCCUGAGACAGUUUACGAUAUUCUUUUUUAGUAUCCUCUUCUUUACCGUAACUAAGAACUUCAAGAACAGGGUGUUGCCCAUCAUUUUGAAGUUUGUGGUGACGAAACAAGCUCAAAAUGAGGUUCCGCUAAAGCUCAGUUGCCCUCCACGUCACAAGGAGCUGUCCCGACCUGAAAGCGUCAGGUUCGGAGGUUUGCGGUCCAAACCUCCUUUACGGGCGUUGUAACAUGUCAAUUAAAAUGCUUCAAGACUUUUUUAAACAAAGCUCAUUGACAAAUCUGUGCGCUGAACUUGUCACACGUGUAAAUGCAGAUCUUGGACGUGUGUGUGUCUGAAGCAGCCGAAAGAUUGAGUUUAUUCUUUUGCAAAAGAAGGCUUCGUUUAAGCAAAUUGUGCAGAAAAUAUUUUUUGAUUUCCUUGCACUUUGUGUUGUCCAGCAAUUUCUCUUCACAUCCUUGCCAAGAGACUUCCUACCUUGUGUUAAUUCCUAAAUGCCCGUGUAGUUUUCUCGAGCCAUUAUGUGACUAAUUGCAAGAUUAAAUCAACCCAAAUCGGUUUUCAUGCUUGAGCUGUUGAAAGUUAAACUACCAAACGUGCAGCCAUGUACAGUAAAUUCCAAAGCCGCCUGAUAAGUUUCAGUGUCAGACACUCAAAAUUUCUUUCACAAAUGCAUUAAGUGAAAUAUGUUGAGGUUGUAAUGAUUAUAUUGAUAUUGUAGCCUGGGUUGAAAAGGUUGAGAUUUGGUGCGGAAAACCUUUUGCUUCUGUUCGGGUAAUGAGGGGUCCCCAAUAUCCCCCACCCCCAUAUGCACGAGGAUACCUGUCUAAGUGCUCAAUGAAUGUAUGUAAUUGUGCUUGUUAUCCCAUGAACUAUUUUAGCAUGUGCUGAUAUGGAGUGUUGCAUACUAUCAAUAAAGCCAUGGCUAGUAGCCCCACA